GUUUGUCCUGGCGGAAAUGUGCCUCUGGUUCUGGUUUACUCCCUUCUCCCUACAGCCUCCUUGAGGCUGAAUCCAUCACGUGCCCUGGGGGAAGGUCCAAGGUCCAGCUGGGCAGGAGCUGUGAAGUGAGGACUGGAGGCCUGCUGCAAAAUGAAGAGCCUGUUCUUCCUCCUCAGUGUCCUGCAGCUCCUUGCUGCCACCGCUGCCACAUACAAGCAGUGGAUCCCCAACACCAAUUUUGAAACCGCAUCCAACUGGGAUAAAGGCAGAGUCCCCUGUGCCAAUGAUGCAGUUCAUUUUGAGAAGAACAAGAUCAUCUCAGUCUUUGUGAGGUCUCACCAUGUGCUGACGGACAUGUACCUGCCCCUGAAUGGAGAACUCGUGCUGGCAUCUGGUGCAGGAUUCGCAGCUUUUGAUGGCAGCUGGGAUCCAGGCUGUGACUCAGGUGCGAUGGUGAGGUUUGCUGAUGCUGAGCAACAUGCGUGGUUUGACCCCACACUGUGGCAGUCUGUGUCCCCUGGCGGGGAACUCGAGCCAAGCGGACGUAUCUUUUCUGUGGAUGAGGAACGUGUCCCAUGCCACUACGAUGAUGUUAUCUUUCAGCCUGAAACCUCCUUCCGGGUAAACGUCGACUCAUCGCAGCAAAUGGUUCAGCUCCGCAGCAUCUCUCUCAUGGGCCAGGAGCUCAGCAGCCCUGAGGCCUGGGCUGAGUACCUGCAUGGCUCCUCCGCUCCACUGCAGUUCCAUGGCAAUGGCACUAUCCAGGUGACGGGCAUUGGCUGUCCUGAUAAGUCUGGCUGUGCCUGUGGGAACACCCUGGAUGGCCACCGCAUCUGUGCAGCCCUUCAUGGGAGGUCAGGGAGACAGUGCCCAGCGCUGACCUGCCAGAGCCCUUUGAAGCCCCUCGGCCACUGCUGCGGGGUCUGUGGAGCCACUAUUAGCCUGGAUUUCACUCCUGAUUUUGACCUGCAGAAGUACCGGGACAGACUGGUCCAAGCUUUUCUGAGCCAGUCCAAGUAUGCCGGUACGCAGAUGGCCAUAUCCAAGGUGCACAAAGCACAGACCUUCCUGGGAUUCAUACCUCGAAGCUCCACUCCUCUUAUCCAAAUCGUUCUGAUUGAUGAUGAGGUGGGUGCGCAGACUGGCACCACGGCGGAGCAGCUGGCUGCAGACAUCAUGGAGGACGUAGAACAGCAUGGUGAAGCUCUUGGCAUUUCUAGUGGCAAAAUGGAGGUGGCCACUGGCAGCACUUCCAGUGGGCAACUGGGGAGCCAUGCAUCGAGCAGGAUCACAGCAGGGAUGGUCAUGGGGCUACUCUUCAUUUUCCUGUUGCUUGGAGGGAUCCUCUUUCUCUACAGAAGGGGAAUGCUAAGGUCUCUCUCCAGGCUGCCCACCCUGCGUGUCCCCCGGGCCUGGAACAGAAUGGAGGACCCUGCACCCUCUGAGCCAACCAGCGACAAAGGCUUCAACAACCCCAUGUUCUGUGUGGAGCCACCAAGCGCUGACCCUGGAGAGAAGACGACACAGGAGACAGCUCUCAAGGACCACCAGGUCUUCUACGUCAACCCUCUGUACGAUGCAAAUGAGACAGAGGCAUGACAGCACAGCCUCUUGCAGGGACAGCCAGCACUUCCCUGGGAACAUCACUGUCUUUCCAGCCCUUGGAGCCCCUCAUAUUGCUCAUGUUGGGGUCUAAACCAGAUCCCACCUGAAUAAAAGUUUCUGCACCGUGAAGGAAAUCACAGCAACUCUUUGCUGUGGGGGCUCAGCUACGUAGGCAUGGUGUCCCUGGUGUUGCUUCUUGUUUUCAAACUGUAUUUGAUAGAUAUAAGUCCUUAAGAAGUUCAACAUUGAGAUUUGGGCCUCUGCGAUACCUGGGGAAGCUGGGAUCUAACUCAGUCCCCCAUGCUUUAGCCAGCACUGUGCUGGGUAUGCCCAGGGCAUGAAACAAGUUGAAGGAUGCAUCCCUGGAUGCAUGAUGGAAAUUCAGUACCUAGACACAUUUCAAACUGUGGCUUGGACCCAGUAGCUGGGUUUAAAAGGAGAUUAUUUUGCCUUCCAGCAGUGCACUUGGUGCCAGGAGGUUUCUUGGGGACCUCGCUCCCAUCCCAUGAGGUGCAGUCCUGAGUAAAAGUUUACCUCCAUAUUCCCUCUACUGAGCUGCCUGGGCUUUCUACUGUGCCCAGGCGGACAGAUCCUCUUGGACCUACCUGGGGAUUUAUCAUGUUAUUCCCUGCAGUGAGAGAGUGCAUCUUCCGAUGGUACAAGGGGGAAGAGGUUCGAUGCCAAUGCUGGUGCUCCC